AUGCCGGACGAAGAGCUAGAUCGCCAUCUUGAGACAAGCGAGUGUCCUGACGAUUUCACACGCAUGUACCCCAAGGUCUGCGUCGCUGAUUUCGGACUUGUUUUCGAUACCCGGACUGACGUUCUUCUGAACCCGCCGCCCGGGGCCGGUACCUUGGGCUAUCGUCCUCCCGAGCAGAUAGGCUUCGGCGUAGGUCACAACUCGCGUCGUUUUGCCAGGCCCCCUAAUCCAGAACGCUACAAGCACACCACAGCACACAACGUGUGGGGCAUUGGCAAAGUCCUAUUCGAUGCCAUGACUGGCUUCGGGUUCAAGGUCAUUCAAAACGCGCUAGACAAUCUGGAGGAAGCGAAAUACGAGGAAAGAGGUGGGCAUUUUUUGUCCCGGCGGUGGGUGGACGAGUACACAGAUGUUGAGCUUGCAAACCUGGUACAUCAAUGCUUGUCUCCACAAGCAGCACAACGGCCCUCGCUUGACGACAUCCUCAAUCAAACAAGCGCAAAGAUCAAAGAGCUACAACACCAUCUAGAGAACGCCGGUACCGAGACAAUGCGAAAAGCUAGGCUUUAUUUUCGGGAGAAAGAGUUGAAUUAUUUGGUGCCGGGGCCGCGCUUGGCAGACUUCGAGUGUAAUGAUUACACGUAUCUCCAGGUGCGAUUCCGCAAUCCAGAAGUUCCCGUUGACCUACCGGAAGCAAUAUGGGGCGAUUGGCUCCGUGAAAAUUCUGGGCGCCUUGCACAGCUAUACCCCGGCGAGCAUAGAAAGGUCACUGGGAAAGGACAAGUCUCGCUCGGAGAUCACGGUGAAGUGAUACCGGCCGAUAAUGACGGCCUCGUGGACCCCAUCCGCACUGGAGCGAACCGUGACAUACCUGAUAAGCUGCCAGUCUUCCAACAGCCACCACGCCCUCGCACAGUCGAUCGACAGUCAGUUCCUCAACCCCCACCUAAUCAAAAUAUGGUUCAACCACCAAUGGUUCAUCAAGGGCAGGUGCCUCCACAGCCAGUCCCUCAAGCACAAACCGACCAGCAGCGACGUUACCAGCAGGGCAUAGAUGGGAUAGACAACUAUCCCGUCGCUCACAUGCUGGCUCAACCGCAUCUACAAAAUGUUCAGCCGUGGGGUGGUGGCAACGCCGAGCCAGGUUCUUCGCGCGACGUUGCGCCCAUCAUUAACUCGGAGACCGGCAGCGCGCACCAACCGUUUGUGGGAAAUGUCCAGCCACGAGGCAACGGCAAUGUCGGGCGACUAGCUUCCAAUGACGUAGGUCCAGAUCUAACUGCCCUGGGGCGUAACUUCAACUUUUCCUCUAGACCCCCAUCAAGAAGACAGCGGUCUAGGAGACCAUCUCCGCAGAUGAAAAUCGAGCAUCAAUCAGAGCAACGACCUCGUCUCUCGCAGAUGGUCGGUGUCACUCGUCAGAGGAUGCGCUCGCCACCACCGCCAAGUACGAUCGCCGAUGACGACGCAGCCCUCAAGCUGUAUGAAGAGGCGGAUAUGAAAGGACUGCGAGCCGAAUGUAAGCACAGGAAACUGUCUGUGAAGCUGGCUGGCAAAGGCAUCACGAAGAAGUUUCUAGCCAAGGCACUUGUACGGGCCGAUAGGGCCGGCAACACUGGAAGAGGAGUACCCAAGAAGAAGAAGAAGAAGCUCCAGGGCUCAAAAGGGCGGAGGAAGAGGUAA